AUGCAAAACGAACAAUUGAAUGAAUUUACUCCUUCGGAGCACAUCCAUCAAAUACGUUCAUAUUUUGAUAUUAUAGACAAUGCAGUUCAAGUUGGAGAUACAAAUAGAAAAUAUUCUGACGCAAAAAUCCCAUCACAACCCGGAAACUGUAAAGAAAAUAAUUACGUAACGUUUAAUUUAUCUCCACCUGGUGAAAAUAUUUUAGACCUUUAUAAUACAUACAUUACAUAUAAAAUGGUUAGAAAAUUUAAUGAUUCAACAGCUAUUGGUGCGGCAGCAGAUGGAACAAAUGCACCUGGUUUUUGGAUUGGUUUUGAUGACGCAUAUUAUGCAGUUGCUGCAUACCAACUUCUAGCAAAUGGUCGUAUUAUUUAUUCUCAAGACAAUGCAAGAGAAGAAGCAUAUAUUACAUCAAAUUCGCAAACUACUGAACAAAUUAAGAAAGUGGAUGUUUUCUCAAAGACUCGACAUGAAGAUGUUUGGAGCCAUUCGGGAACUUGCAGAACUGGUCAAAUUGUGUCAGGAGCUGUUGCCGCUGGUGGUAGUAUUGAUGUUAACCUUACAAUACGAAUUCCUGUUAGAAAGUUUUUACCAUUAGAAGCUAUUAGAUUUAUUCCUGCAUUUGCUGGCAACAUUCAAUUAAAAGUUAAGUUUAGUAGCGACGCAUUACAAUGCACUUCGAUAUCCGUAAAUGACUUAAUUGGAUUCAACCCUGCAUUGCAGGUUAAAUGGAAAAAAGAUUCUAAUCCGCCGACAAAUAAAUUUGUUCCAUGGAGUGAAGCAUUUACAAUAAUAUCUGAAGUAGCAGUGGAUGACGAAGUAGCAACUAUUACAACAGCAAGUCAAACAUUAGUUAGAACAGAAAUGGAAUUCGCAAAUUGUUUCAUUCAUACUAAGUCAUUUUCUUUAGACCCUAAUAUUUAUACAGAGUUGGUAGAACAUUAUACUGGCGAAGCACUAUGUUUCCCUGUUAAAGUUAUGGAUUGGAUACCAAUGGACAGUUCAUUUUCAAAAAGCGAAGGAGCUACAACAACUAGUGCAACAUUUACAGCUGCAUAUACUCCCAUUAAUGUUAAAAGUAUUUGGACAUUAUUUAGAAAGCAAGACAAUUAUUUAGUUAAUUUCGAAAAUCCAAAAUUUGAAUAUAUUCAACUUAGUAUGGGAGCUUAUGGAAGUAUGCCCGCAGAACCUGAGACAUCAUAUGGACCAGUAUUUUAUGAAAUGGUUGCUAACGCAUGCAAUACAAAUAACGAUAUGAUUGGAUUUAAUGAAGAUGUUAUGAGGUCAAUAGUAGAUGACGGUAAAGUUAAACAUAUAUACGACAGUUAUGACAAUACGCAUUUCUUAUGUGGUUUCCCAACUGAGGUGGACUUUUGUUUCCAGCAAGGUCAAGCAUCUACCGCACCCAUUACAUAUAAAUUAACGGUUCAAGGACCCAUAGCCAUUGCCAAAGAAUAUGGUGUUAAACCAUUACUAGGAUUUAUGAGAGACUGUUGUUUUGCCAUUCAAGUAAGACCAAAUGGAAUUCCAAUAAUAAGAUUAGAUGACUAUUUGUUAGCAGCUGAGGACCUUGAAGAAUAA